AUGGGAUUCUGCUCGUCCCUCUUCAAGACUUUUUUCUUCAUCGCUUUUUGCUGGCUUGGAGUGACGCUUUGGCUCUUUUCGAGGCUGAAUCAUGAGCUCUUCGAGCAUAAACCGCCCACGGAAGCAAGGUCGAUGAAGGUCGAUAUGGAGUGCGAAGGAAUCAAAGUUAUCAGCUUUCAACGAGAGUGUUUCCGCCGCCUUUCUCAAGUCCGCGAGAAUCACAGCACUUCAUCGUGUUUCAAAUCACAUGGUCUUCGUCCAAACUCCACCGACUGCCAAAUCAUCGAGUAUCUUUACAAGCACGAAGACGUCUGCACUGAUAUCUCCAAAGAGAUUUCCGAUAACUUUAAAAAACAUGUUCCUCAAGCUCACAAAGGCGUGAAUUUCGGAAGUUUAUACAAUCAGCUGGAUCGUUGUGGCGAAGUCUGCAAAUGGAUCGCCAGAAGAAUUCAGGAGAAUGAAGUCAAAUGGCAGAGAACUUAUGACAAGAUGUUCCCUCACGAUGAGAUCGAGGUUCACAUGGAAGACGGAACUGUUGAACAUAAACCGAGAUCGAAGAGAGUCAUAUUAUUGCAUCUGGGACUCCUCGAAGAAGAGAUCGGGCUCAACUUCGGCAAGGGCGCGCUUUCCGGGGGCCCUCUUGGAGAACUCGUGCAGUGGUCCGAUUUGAUCUCAUCGCUCUACGUCCUAGGGCACAAACUUAUUCUUUCCUGGUCUAAGAAAACACUGGAAAAUUAUAUGACAACGUCUUCCACUGCCCUCGAUCAAUGUCACCUUGCGAGGCCUGCUGAUGCUGACCUUAUCUAUACCGAUGUCCAUGGCCUCCAACAAAUGAUUCAAAUGACCGGCUCUUUGGCCAAAUUCAAGUGCAACCUGCGAGUCCUUGAUAACUUCGGGACAGAGCCAGCUUACAAUCACCCUGGAUACGUAAGAAAACAUGAUUUGCCAAAAGGAUAUGGACAAUUUUCUCUUGAUACAAAGCAAUUCAUGACACAGUGGCCUCACACUAUGGACAAUUCAUUCGUUGGCUUCGUUGUUCACAGAAUAUCUGCGGACAAAAUCGACGCUGAAAAACGCGUUGCAAAUAGAGUUCUCCUUUAUGGAAAACGAGAAAGUGUCCUUCACUCGCCGGAAGCUAAGCUGAUUUUAAAAGUGUUACGUGAGCAAGAAUUCGAAAUUCACGCGACCUUGUGGAGCAAACAGGAUGAAGAGAACAAAGACGUCAUUUCGUCUGUCCCAGAUUUUAUUACAAAUCACGGAUAUGUAAAUCAGAGUGCUUUUCUCGAUCUUCUGAGGUCUGCCAAAGCAUAUGUGGGUUUGGGAACACCUCCAGAAGGACCUGCUGCACUAGAAGCUGUUGCUAAUGGAGCAAUCUUUAUCCAGCCAAGAUUUAGGCCAAAACGAGAUGUAUACCAGCAGCAACAGAAACCGACAAGUCGACGUCUGAGCUCGCAGAAUCCGUACAUGGAACGUCUAGAUCGCCCCUACAAUUUCUUCUACAAUCAAUUCGAUGCUGAGGACAUCAAAGCUGCGCUUACCCAAGUUAAAGCCAAGAGCAUCGAUCCGCUUGUUCCUUUUGAAUUCACUCACGAAGGCAUGCUUCAAAGAAUACACGCGUAUGUGGAGCAUCAAGACUUUUGCGAACGCGAGACGUCUUGGCCUCCGAGAUCGUCUGUUAAGGUUAAAUUUGGCCAGCCAGGUGAAAGCUGUAAUGAAGUCUGCGAGAGUCAUCAUCGAGUGUGCGAACGAAGCUGGUUUCCAAUCACGAAUUCUACAGAAAUGAUCCUUACCCAGACUCACAACUGCCUGAGUUAUCGAAAAGAAUCUGACAUAAUUUCUCCUUUCUUCGACGAUGACGAUAAAACAUGCGUUUUUCAAGGCAAAGCCCCACCAAAUGAAGCAGACAACAGACUGAAGGAAAUCAAAGAAGACCUUGCGGAUACUCAACCCAUCGGAUCUAUUCUCAAUCUUUGCAAAACCUACGACCAAGGCAAUGCGCUUCUCAAGUUUAUCGAUAUCAUUACCGAGAAGAAAUUCCGUACGACCGUUUCUCUCACUGCCGCUCGAGGUCGUGGUAAAUCCGCUGCGCUCGGUUUGUCUAUUGCUGCUGCUCUUGCUUACGGAUAUGCGAAUAUCUUUGUCACUUCGCCGUCGCCUGAUAAUUUGGGCACUCUCUUUGAGUUUGUUCUCAAGGGAUUGGAUGCGUUAAAAUACGACCAAAACUCGGACUACGACAUCAUCCAAUCGACCCAAGACGACAUGAAGAAAGCUAUUGUUAGAAUAAACUUGAUGCGUGACCAUCGCCAAACAGUACAGUACAUCGACCCAUCAGACCAUAAAAUGCUUGCGCAAGCCGAAUUAGUUGUCAUCGACGAGGCAGCAGCGAUUCCCUUGCCUCUCGUGAAGAAUCUACUAGGACCGUAUCUUGUUUUCAUGUCAUCCACUGUCAAUGGAUAUGAAGGAACUGGAAGAUCGUUGAGCUUGAAGUUACUGGAUAACUUACGGCGUCAAGCAGAUACAUCCGGUUCAGCAGUUGGGCAAAGGAGUCUAUCCGAACUGACGUUAGACGAGUCCAUUCGUUACGCACCUAACUGCCCAGUUGAAUGUUGGCUGAACAGCCUUCUCUGUCUGGAUUGUGACAUCCCUAGAGCAACCUUUUCCCUUCCGUCUCCUUCAAGUUGCUCUUUGUACUGGGUCAACAGAGAUGCUUUGUUUUCAGGAAACAAAAGCUCCGAGAAGUUCCUUUCGUCUUUGAUGGCUCUUUAUGUCGCUAGUCAUUACAAAAACCAACCGAACGACCUCCAGCUUCUCUCCGACGCCCCAGCCCACCAUUUGUUCGUUCUUUGUGCCCCAGUCAGCACGGAACAGACCAGCCUUCCAGUCCCACUCGUUGUUCUACAAGUUGCUCAUGAAGGAAAAAUCGCAAAAGAAAGCAUCAGGCAUUCACUUCGCGAAGGUCGAAAGGCGUCCGGCGACCUUAUCCCAUGGACGAUUUCUGAACAGUUUCGACAGUUGGACUUUGGUGAACUUUCAGGUGCGAGAGUCGUGAGAAUAGCUACACAUCCCGAUUUCCAACGUGCGGGAUACGGCAAAGAAGCUUUGCGGCAAAUGGAAGAAUACUACGCCGGAAAGAUCCCCCUCGCCGACAAUCUUCCCGACAUCGAAGCCGAAGGGGUUGAGGAAAUCGAUGAAGGAGUCGACUUGCUACACGAGAAGAUCCAGCCAAAGAAAGAGCUCGCAAUCAUGUAUGGCCUUGAUCAGAGACGAGCGGAACCUCUUGACUGGCUUGGAGUUAGCUUUGGGUUGACUUCGGAUUUGCUGAGAUUCUGGACGCGUUCUGGUUACAGCUCCGAAGAUGCGGAAUCAUUGCGUCUUUUGAAAACCUAUUUCACUGCGUACGACCUGGAGCGAAUGGAGCUGUAUGGAAAAGGAGUUGUCGAUUAUCAUUUGAUUGUUGAUAUCCUGCCGCAGAUUGUCAAGAUGAUUUUUACCGGAGAAAUCACAAUCAAGGGACUCUCUGUGCAGCAGAAAGCGAUUUUAGUCGCGCUUGGGCUUCAAUACAAAUCGGUGGAUGAGCUGUCGGAAAUCAGCCUUACCUCUCAACUACCACCGAUGCCUUCAAGUCAAAUCCUGGGUCAUUUCAAGCGCGCUAUUAUUAGAAUAAACGAAGAAGUCAAAAGAUUAGAGACGAUCAAGGCUGAGGCAGAACUUAAUCUGCCACAGUCCAAGGUGAACCUGGAAAUCGAAGAAGGAGACGAAGGAGCAAUCGAUGCGGUGCUGGACGAAGAAGCAGCGAAAAUCAAGGAAGAGCAGGCCAAGGAGAAGCAAGAAUUGGUCAAGGCACUGCAGCAGUAUAAAAUUAAAGGAAAUGACAACGACUGGUCGCAAGAAUUGUCAACGCGAAAAUCAGUAGCGAACAUUUCUAUCGGACGAGAACGAGUGGAGAAAAAGGCUGAAAAUGGAGAUGCUCCGGUGAAGCGCAAAGGCGGAAAAACGCCAGAUGGAAAACGAAAGAAGAAGAGAGCCUGA